AUGGCGUCGACAAUAGCAGCAGCGGUGGUGGUGCCGCUGGGCAUGCUGGCGCUCGCACUGCCGCCACUGCUUCAGCUCGAAGCGUCCGCGUCCACCGCCACCUCUCCUGCCUGGCCACCAUUCGCGUGGCUUUCGCACGUCUUUCUCUCCAAACCUCCUCUCCUCACCAGCUUGCUCGACAUCCUCGUUACGCCCAAGCAGCGCGGUACCAUCUUGUACUACGACAAUGCCUUCCCAGGCUUGUUUGCUGCGGUCGGACUUUCGAUCCUCGGAUUCUGGCUUACGAGCAUCGCCAUCUCGCGCACCAAGGACGUCUUUGCUGCUCGCGGGUUCCAGGGCCGCGACCUGCUCAAAUCCAACGCCACUCCGAUCCCCGAAUCGCUCGGCUUGCCUACAGCCGCGGUGUACAUGGCGCUGCUGUUCCUCUUCAUCCCCUUCCGCUACUUCUCCUCUCAACUCCAAGGCGUUUCGAAAACCGGCGAUGACUGGGAGGGACGUAUGGACGGCCGUAUGGGUUUUCCGCACCACGAACUAGCCAGCUUCCUAUCUGCGCUGCUCUCCUUCUCGUGCGCCAUCGUGCUUGGCUUUUUGGACGACGUGUUCGACAUUCGAUGGCGCUACAAGCUUCCCAUCCCCAUCAUUUCGAGCAUCCCGCUCUUGAUGGUCUACUACGCCGGUGGGGGUGGGACGUCGGUUGUAGUUCCUGGCUGGCCCAAGGGGCUUCGCUCGGUGUUGGGAUCGAUCGUCGAGCUAGGACCGCUGUACUACGUCUACAUGUCGCUGCUAUCUACGUUCUGCACCAACAGCAUCAACAUUCUCGCGGGCAUCAACGGCGUCGAGGUGGGCCAGGCACUGGUGAUAGCACUUUCGCUGUGUCUCAACGACGUGCUCUACCUCGAUCCGCGUGCGGGCCAACCGGGAUCUCGUUCCAGCACAGAGCUGCUUCGUCGUCACCUGCUCAGCCUUUACCUUCUACUACCGCUUGUAGGCGUUUGUAUGGGAUUGUUACGGUGGAACCGGUAUCCGAGCCGGGUGUUUGUGGGCGACACAUUCUGCUACUUUGCCGGCAUGGUUUUCAGCACGGUCGGUAUCCUGGGCCACUUUUCCAAGACUGUGCUCUUGUUCUUUGCACCUCAGCUCUUCAACUUCCUCCUCAGCUGUCCGCAACUUUUUGGGCUGGUGCCUAAUCCGCGUCAUCGCGUUCCACGCUACGACGCUGGGAGCGAUAGCCUGUAUCCAUCCAUCCAAUACUUUGGCUCUGGUACGGAUGCGGAUGGGGAGCUACCCAACACGUCCAAGUCACCUCUACGCCCCGCCGGUCUCGUUGCUACGUGGGUGCUCAAAGUUCUGGCUGGCUUGCGUCUGGUUCAGCUCGACUUUUACGAUGACCAAAAGAGACGCAUCAAGAGCACCACCAACUUGACGCUGCUCAAUGCGAUUCUUGUGCUGCGAGGCGUCCGACACGGUCCGCAGGCCAAGCGGGGUGAUGCGCCCUUCACGGGCCCGCGCAUCGGCGAACAUUCGCUGUGGAUGCACGCUAUGGCAUGCCAGCUCGCCGGCUCGGCGUUGGCGUUUGGCAUCAGAUACUGGAUCGCUGCCGUCGUGUUUCCAUGA